AGCUAUACCAACUUCAAGUUGUUACUGACCACAGUGACACGAGCAUCAUGUUUAAUAACGGUUCUACCGUCUCUGCGGGUAAAGAUGGACUGUACCGUAAACAAUGUGGACCUUUUGAAACAUUUUACUUCAACACCACAUUGCCAACCAUGGUCACAUUGUGUACUAUUGGGACGUAUCAUCCUUUUUCCUCUGAUGGGUUAAUUGUAGUACCACCAGUAUCCCUCUACUCUAAACAAGCAACCCUAUUAGCCCAACGUAACAGGAAAAUAUUGACAGAUGAAGACAACAACAGUGUACACGUUCACGAAACCUCAAGCACUCUCUCUACAGUUUUGAGUCCCUCAAUCAAGUGGAAGGAAGUUCCAGGUACAAGAUACAAAGUGGGAACAUUACAAAGUGGUCAACACAUAACAACAAUUCGUUCUAAUUCUUCCUUUGCUGUCCUUGGAUACGCUAGUUUUGCCAUAUACAACGGAGGAUACAACUUUAGGACAUAUCUUGAUGCAGAAACCUCCACGCCAGAUGGAAUUAAUGAAAACACGUUAAAUACAGGUGAUUCUUUUCAAGCGACCUCUACGCCAGAUGGAAUUGGAAACAAGUUAAAUACAGAAGGUUCCUUCCAAGCAGACAAUCCGAACAACGCAGCACUGAUCGUAGGGAUAAUCUGUGGGUCUGUUAUUGUGGCUCUCCUGGUCGCAUUUAUGUCAUAUGUAUUCUACAUCCGCAAGAACACGAUGCCACUUAAGAGAGUUGAAGCACAAGGCGCCGAUGCUCCCUCGACCUCCAACAUCUACACGGUGCCUGACAGUGUCGCUGAAGGUGCAGCAGAUGAGGCCACCUACACGGAGAUAACAACUAACUGCACACCUGUCGGCGUUAGCAUCGCUGACAGUUCUGCCAUAUAUGUCAAUUUCGAAGGCGGAAAAUAACUCGAAACAAUGCAAACAUGAAUUAGAACUGUUAUAGAAACCGAUUCCGAGACAUUUAGCUGUCUUAUUUUAAAUACAGUAAACUACGGUUAUAACGAACUCGAAGGAACCACUAACUUUAGUUUGUUAUAACCGUAGUUCGUCAUAAGCAUAUAUACAGCAUUACUAUAGCAAAUAGUCAGGACCAAAAAUAUCAUUUCGUUCCAUCCGUCAGUUCGUUAUAAGCGUGUUCGUUAUAAACGUACUUUACUGUAAAUACAUUCUCUCAAACACACUGAGUAAACAUUUAUGUUAUAAACAUUUAAUGAUUUGUGUACAUAUGUUUUAUUUUCAUAAGAAUAUAUCUUAAGUCGUUUUCAUGUGACUUUUAA